CAUCAGCACAGCGGUUAAGAAAUGAUAAGAGAUGACUAUACUAUCGAGCAUUCCUCUUUCAUGAUUAUCUACAUCGAUUUUAAGACGGAAUUAUUCAUUUUCGUAUAUCCCAAAAUAUAGAACAAAAUGAAGGCGUCAGAGCGAGCAAUAUGCAAAGUUCGAUUACCAGUCUAUGAAAAGAAUUGCGAAGAGCUCGAUCCCAGCCGUCAAUCCAACUUGAAGUUAAAGUGGGCACAUUCGAUACACAAGCUAUUCUUCGCGGAUGAACAGACUAGCGGUCGUAAUAAUGUUCGUAAUUUUGAUUUCCAAUUAAAUACCGACGGGUCUGUGGAGAAUCGUUUUCAGGAUCAACCAGCUUCAUUGAUGACAGCGACGCAGUAUCCAACACGCUACCAGCUCCCGGAAGAUAUUUCAAACAGACUUAAUACCGCCGAAGAAAAAGUCGCGCGUGCAGAACUCUUCGCAUUGGGCAGUAUUUUAUACGAAAUCAUGUUGGGUCACCAGCUUCUCCAUGAAAUUGAUGAAGGUCUAGAUAACGGGAGGGAAAUUCAGAGACUCAUUGCUAUAGGAAGCUUUCCGGAAGAUCUUUGGAAUUUACCAAUGACUCCAAAGAUUCUAGGAUGCUUGUGUCCAGGAUUCAUAGAAGAAAUGUUAAGUCUACGCAAGAAAGGAAUCGGAAGCUAUGUUAAAAACCAUCCUUACCGAUUUGGGUUCCAAGUUUUAGGUGGGGCUGUUACCAUUGCCUCCGUCGCCGUAGUACCUGUCCUUGGAGCAAUUGGAUUUUCAGCUGCAGGCCCUGUUGCUGGCACCACAGCAGCAGCCUGGCAAUCUGGUAUAGGCCUUGUCGAAGCAGGUAGUAUUUUUGCGUGGUGUGAAGGUGCCGCCAUGGGAGGUGCUGCUGUAGGUGGAAUCAUUGGUGCUGGUGUGGGUGGAGCUGGAGUUUUGGCUGGAGCUACUAGCUUAGGUGCACUAGAUGGGGGAGAUUCCGAUAACUCUGAGUUGAAGAAGAGGUUUCUGGCAGCUUGGAAUCGUGAUAUGACAGCAGAGCAGAAGAAGAGGCGUGUAGGAUCGCUCUAGUGUGAGACAAACGAGGGUGACGGGAGUCAAAGUUAAGCUUGAACUGAGGAUAAAGACGUUUUUGGUGGGACUGUAUCAAGAGAAUAGUUAGGGUCCCAGAUUUAUAUGUCUUGUAUCUCCAACAGCACAACUUGCUGCACUGUUCCAUUUCAAAUUGUUCAGUUUACUACGACGUUUGAUAAUCGAAUUUAUGUAGUGCAGAGGCUCAUCUUCUCUCCCUAUUAAAGUCUAUUCCGUAAUAAUUGAAUGGCCCGAAGCCUUGGACUAGAUAUGAAAGGUUAAUUCGAUAAUCAUUCAUCAUCAUUUAAAGGAACUCUUUACACGCAAGGAUCGUCACUCUCUCAUGUAAGCCUCUACAGUCCCGACUGUCAUCUGUGUACUAUUAAAUCUUUGUGUCGU